AUGUCCGUACCCACGAUGGAAGACAAGGUGCCGGUGCAUUGCACUACGCUGCUAGGCCCAUCGGUCUCUCUGGGAGCCAAGCGCAAGCAGCUGCUUGAACUGAUCCAGAUACAAGUCCCGAAAGUCACCUCUGUCGACGGCAUCUUUCUCCACCUUGUAGUGGCGCAAACGCCAGCAGCACUCGCCGAGCUCAAAGAUCCAAGCAGCGCGACACGCAAGAAGCUAGACACACUGCUUGACUAUGGCGACCACAUUGAGCUUUCCGACACGCGCCGCAUCGUGGGAGAAGCGGUGCAAGGAAAGCCCGACACCACCGCUUUUGUGCUCUUUGUCGAGCCGCGCCCCGGCAACUUUACGCCCUGGUCGUCCAAAGCGACCAACAUUGCGCGCAUCUGCGGCAUGGGCGACAAGGUAAAGCGCCUUGAGCGUGCGGUUGCAAUUGACCUGAACUUGAGCUCGCCGCUCUCGGACAACGAGCUUGAGCAGGUUAAGGACGUUUUGCACGACCGCAUGACGCAAACUGUUGCCAUGACGCCAACCAGCGAACGAUACGAAGCGCUAUUUUAUGCCGGAGAGCCUGGCACACUGCGCACCGUCGACUUUGCUGCGGAUGCUGCCGACGAGCACAGUUGGGACACCGCGCGUGCGCGUUUGGAAGACGCCAAUGUCAAGUUUGGCCUUGCGCUUGCUCCUGACGAGAUCGAAUACUUGGUCGAUGCCUUUGUGCGCGGCACCGAAAAAGACGCGCCGCUGAACCGCAACCCCACGGAUGUCGAGCUUUUCAUGUUUGCCCAAGUCAACUCGGAACACUGCCGCCACAAGAUUUUCAAUGCGGACUGGACCUUGGAUGGCAAAAUCAUGCCCCACACCCUCUUUGACAUGAUCCGCAACACACACAAAAAGACGCCCGCACACACGCUGAGCGCAUACUCUGACAAUGCUGCGGUGCUCGAAGGCUCGCGAGGCAUCCGCUUCGGCGCAAACCCAGACGCCUUGGACGUCGGCGAGAAUGUUUGCCUUCGCAAUGUCUUUGUAGGCCUCCAGGAAGACUUGCCGAUCCUUGCCAAGGUCGAGACGCACAACCACCCCACCGCAAUCUCGCCCUACCCCGGCGCCGCCACAGGCUCUGGCGGCGAGAUCCGCGACGAGGGUGCCGUCGGCCGCGGCUCCAAGCCCAAGGCUGGCCUGGCAGGCUUCAUGACCUCCAAUCUGCACAUUCCCGGCGCGCUGCAGCCGUGGGAGCGCGACGUUGGCCAGCCCUUCCACAUUGCCAGCCCCCUUUCCAUCAUGCUCCAAGCGCCCAUUGGCGCGGCCAACUUCAACAACGAGUUUGGCCGCCCCGCCCUCACUGGAUUUUGGCGCACGUUUUGCCAGCGCGUCCCAACCGAGCACGGCGACGAGCUGCGUGGCUACCACAAGCCGAUCAUGCUUGCCGGCGGCCUCGGCAACGUGCGCCCGAAAUACAUUCACAAAGGCCAGAUCCAGCCCGGCGACGCGCUCCUUGUUUUGGGCGGUCCUGGAUACUUGAUUGGCCUCGGCGGCGGCACUUCGUCCUCCAUAGCCGGCGGCGGCUCUGACCGUGCGCUCCUGGAUUUCGUCAGUGUCUCGCGCGAGAACCCCGAGAUGCAGCGCCGGUGCCAGGAAGUGAUUGAUGCGUGCUGCACAGGCGACGAGAACCCCAUAGUGAGCAUCCACGACGUGGGCGCCGGCGGCCUCAGCAAUGCGCUCCCCGAGAUUGUCCACGAUGCAGGCCUCGGCGCGACGUGCGAGAUCCGCGACGUGCCGCUCGGCAACUCGAGCUUGAGUCCGCUGGCCAUCUGGUGCAACGAGAGCCAGGAGCGCUACGUCUUGGCAGUACAUCCCCACAACCUCGAAGCAUUCCGCGCCAUCGCCGAGCGUGAGCGGUGCCCUUUUGGCGUCGUUGGCCACGCGACCAAAGAGCCGGUGCUAGUCGUCACCGACCGCCACACCAACUCCGUGCCGAUUGAUUUGCCCAUGUCGACGCUGUUUGGCAAGGUGCCCAAGAUCAAGCAAGCAAGCACACACGUGAAGCGCAAUCUUGUUCCGAUUGACUGCUCGCUCCAGUCCUACGUCCGCGGCGACGACCGUGCAAGGCUCACGGAUGCGAUUGACCGCGUCUUACACCUCCCGUCGGUCGCAUCCAAGUCGUUUCUCAUCACGAUCGGCGACCGCUGCGUCACUGGCUUGGUCGCUCGCGACCAAAUGGUCGGGCCAUGGCAAGUGCCCGUUGCCGACGUUGCAGUGACGCGCAGUGAGCCAGGCUUUGAGGUAAAGAGUGGCGAGGCCAUGGCCACGGGCGAGCGUACGCCGCUGUCUCUUUUGAGCGGCGCAGCAUCUGCGCGCAUGGCCGUGGGCGAGUCGCUGACGAACCUCGCCGCUGCGUGCAUCGAGACUCUAGACCAAGUCAAGCUCAGUGCUAACUGGAUGUGUUCUGCAGGCUACGAGCACGACGGUGCGGUGCUCUACGACGCCGUCCAGGCCAUCGGUCUCGGCCUCUGCCCCGCGCUGAAUUUGUCGAUCCCUGUUGGAAAAGACAGCAUGAGCAUGGGCUUGUCCUGGACGCAGGACGGCGAACGCCGUCAAGUCACGGCGCCAGUGAGUCCCAUCAUCACUGCGUUUGCUCCUGUCAAGGACGUGUCCAAUGUCUGGACGCCAGAGCUGCGUCAGCUCCCAAAGAAGAGCGUCCUGCUCUUUAUCGACCUGGCCAAUGGCAAGCAGCGCCUCGGCGGCUCGGCACUGGCGCAAGUCUACGAACAGCUCGGCAGCGAGGCGCCGGAUGUGGAAGAUGCCGACCUUCUCCGCGCCUUUUUCCACAGCAUGUCCACGCUCAAAGAGCUGCAGAUCGGGAAGCGCGACGUCCCUGGGCUCGUGCAUGCCUACCACGACCGCUCCGACGGUGGUUUGCUUGCCACCGUGCUGGAAAUGGCAUUUGCCGGCCGCGUCGGUGUCACGAUGGACAUCUCUGCACUGCACAAGCCCGGGACGCACCCUACUGCCGCCCUUUUUAACGAGGAGCUCGGCGCGGUGCUCCAAGUCCAGGAAUCAGACAUGCGCGCGAUCCAAAUGCUGCUCAGUACGUUUGGCGUGCCUGUGAGUGCACUGCAUGUCAUUGGCACCGUUCACGCACACCCCGACGACACGGUCCGGAUCGUGUCGCACGGCGCGACACUCUACGAGAACUCGCGCGCAGCUUUGCAGCAGGCAUGGGCGGGCGUUUCGUACAAGAUGCAAUCUUUGCGCGAUAACCCCGAGCUCUCCAAGGAGGAGUAUGCCCUGAUUCAGGAACAGCCGGGCGGCAAAGCGACGCUGCACUACGACCUUACCUUUACGCCGGGCGAUAAUGUGCUACCCCUGGCGCUCGAGCGCCCCAGGUUUUCUCAGCCCCGCGUCGCGAUCCUCCGCGAAGAGGGCGUGAAUGGCCAGACCGAGAUGGCAUAUGCGUUUGCCCGAGCCGGGUUCUGCACCAUCGACGUGCACAUGACCGAUUUGCUCAGCGGGCGCGUGCAUCUCGACGCUUUCGUUGGCUUUGCCGCCGCCGGUGGCUUUUCCUACGGCGAUGUCCUUGGCGCUGGCCGCGGCUGGGCCAACAGCAUUCUCUUCUCCGACAAGAUCCGCGCCGAGUUCGAGGCGUUUUUCCAGCGCCCCAAGACGUUUGCGCUGGGCGUCUGCAACGGCUGCCAAAUGCUCUCGGUCCUUGCCCGCGAAGGGCUGUGUUCCGGCGCAGGGCGCCACCUGCCCAAGUUCUCGCCCAACGAGAGCGGCCGAUUCGAAGCGCGCUUCACCCAAGUCGAGAUUUCCCCCUCCAAAUGCAUCUUUUUCCAGGGCAUGCAAGGAAGUACGAUGCCGAUUCCCGUCGCGCAUGGCGACGGCCGCACGACGUUCGACUCGGAGGCAGCGUACCAGCAGUGCGAGCGAGACGGGCUGGUGGCGAUGCGCUACACUGACAAGCACUAUCCACUCAACCCUAAUGGCUCGACGGGCAACAUUGCCGCCAUCACUGCGCUCGAUGGCCGCGUCCUGAUGGUCAUGCCCCAUCCCGAGCGUGCAAUUGCCUCCGAAGCGCUCUCCUGGGCGCCGUCCGAAGCACACAAGUGGAACGGGCAUGCGCCUUGGUUCCGGAUGUUUGAGAAUGCAAGAAAGUUUGUGGAGUAA